AUGCUUAUGGAUGCUGGGAAGGUAUUACAUAUCUUUUUAUGGAUUUUAACGGUUUAUACAUUAAGUUUGAAAUGUGCGUCUUCAUCCCACUAUGAAGGAGGUUCAGUGUCGUGGCGUCCUGGAACAAUUUAUACAGACGAAGAUAUUACAGAGAUUCUAAUCGAUUUUCGUAUUGCUUGGAGAAGAUCAAAUUCCGGCUCAACGUUUUGUGACCAAACUGACGUAGACUCCGGGAAAAUCCUGCGACAUAAUGAUUCAUAUGUAUGGGAAUGUAUUGAUGGAUGCAGCGGUUCAGUAUCGUUUGAUGGAGUCAUUUGCUCAGAAUUUGACGAAAAAGACGACUGGACUGUGGGAUCUAGGACCGUGGCGUUCAAUAUUACUGGAGUGGAUUACUUUGCUAUGACAUUCACAGGAUGUUGCUGGAUUUCAAGUUUGGUUUACGUUACUGCCGAACAAGUCGAAUGGAAUAUGACGUUUGGUGGGUCAGUUGGAAUUCGAUCCGAUACCGGAAAUCCGAAUCGCCCACCUAUUGCUACGGCAACACCAGUUAUCAGGUUCCAAGCAGGCUGCCCAGGCAGUGUUGACUUGCCGUUAUAUGACGAGGAUCAUGAUACAGUAAAGUGUAAACUUGAUGUAUGUGAAAAAGUUAGCUGUAAUGAUCAUCCGUAUCUGAAAUUAACACAGCAAGGUCAAAAAUGUCGUCUUUCUUACAAUGCUGGCGGACCCGGAAAUAUUGAUGUGGCUAUUUCAAUAAUCAUUGAAGAUUUCCCAUCAAAAAAUAACUUGUUAAUAAACAACACUUUGGUAUCUUCAACAACAGCUAUCAGUUCGUCUUCACUACAAUUCAUAGUACGACUUUUCAACGACGAUCACGCCUGUAAACUGAUACCUACUUGGGUUAAUCCAACAUUUCCAAAUGGGUUUAUAAAAACGGCAAUAGUCAACGAAUCUACAAAUAUUGCUCUCAAUAUCAGCUCUGAAACACCUCUAGAAACUCUGCAUGUAAUUGCACCCAUAGGUGUCAAAAAAUCAACGAUUCUAAGUACAGGAACCUAUCAUUCUUCCACGUUGACUUUCACACCAACAAGUGAACACAUUGGAAGUAAUGUAAUCUGUACAACAGCAAAAGAUACCAAUGGAAAGAUGUCAGAACACCGAUGCAUGAAUCUUAUAGUCGGAGAGGGUUCUCUUUGUGACAUUGACAAUGGAGGAUGUAGUGACGAUUGUGAAGUUACAGGCGUUUCGUAUAUAUGCGUAUGCACUAGGGACUGUUGGCAACUAGCGGACGAUAGAAGAACGUGUAUUCCAAAGAUUACAAUUAAAUGUCAUUCUGACAAGUUUGAGGUCGCGCUUCCGGUAUGUGCUGUCGGCCCUACAACUGUGAGAGCUGGAUUUUAUAAUCAACUGAAUGGGGUAAACGCGGAUGCUGCUCAAUGUGAAGCAGAUGUUGUUGGUGAUGAAUAUAUGAAAACUAUCCAAUAUGAUGAAUGUCUGACACAGAAAGAGGAGGAUUUCACCGAACUUCAUUUCGAAAAUCAGUUGCGAAUGUGGAUUGACGACGAAGACACGUUUCCUGGAAGCGGCGAGGAAAAGAUUAUCAUUACCAGAGGCUUCUGGUACAACAUAAAGCUUGUUUGUUCAUUCAGUAAAUAUUCAAAUGUGAAUGCUUCGUUUCGUCCAAUAGAUCAAGAAGAAGGAAAAGUGUUGGUACCAGGAUUGGGAUCUUUUCAAUUUUUCUUCGACUUUUACUUGGAUGAACAUUUCAAAGCUACAUACUCACCGUAUUCAUAUCCCAUAACCGUUACUGUCAACUCAGAUAUAUAUUUUGGAAUACGAACAAUUGGUGGUACUGGACUGGAGGUUUUCACGGAAAAAUGUGUUGCUAUGACGACCGCUGUACCUACAGCAACUACAGUGUCCUAUACAAUGAUGGAAAAUGGGUGUUUGGAAGAUGGGACUAUGGUAAAAUACGAAACAGUAAAUGCGAUGGAGGAUCGAUAUAGCAUCAAAGCUUUUAGGUUUCAAGAUAAUCUGAAUACUGAUAGUUCCGUCAAUAUUUAUAUUCAGUGUUCAGCAGUACUUUGUAUAGUUGGAGAAGAGACCACAAGAUGUUCGAAAGGAUGCGUUCGUUCUCGAAAAAGACGUGGAGAGAAUGACGAAAUUUUUGUGGAACAUAGCAUUGAUUCAAGGGUCAAACGCGAUGCUGAGGACGAGAGACCACCAACAGUUCCAACAAAUAUAUCCGAGUCAGACACAUUUGAUAUUCAAGUGAGUGGCCCGUUCCGCAUUGAGGUUGUACAAACAGAGGGAAAGCCACCAGUCACAGUUGCAACUCCUACAAGACACUUACAGGACGGAGUUAAGACAACUCCAAAACCGGCGGGACCAUCUAAGCCGGAAAUCAGGAACACGCCAUCGGAAUCGUUUAUUGUCAUCAUCGUCGCAUCGUCCGUAGGUGGCAUAGUUGUUAUAGUGCUCCUCUGCCUGCUUGUGAUUUUAGUAUUAUAUUAUAACAUAGCUCUCAAGCCAAGACACAAAGUUCUUCCUGACAAAGAAUCAACGGUAACAGCUCGAACACUGUCGGCGUGGACAAUUGAAGGGGAUGAAGAAGAAUAUCCCCGUCCUUAUUUUAAUGGACGAGGUAAGACUCCGCCUCCAUCUUUUUGGGAAGUUGAACGAAUGAAUACUUAAAAAUAACAUAAGUGAAAAUGUCUGUGACGCUCAAAAACUACAUAAGUUUUAAGGUAACCGGUUUGUCUCACUUGCACCCUUCUCGCAACUCCUGCCUAUAUAUUCUGAAUAUAUACAUAUGUGAUGCAAUAAAUAAUUUUGACCCAACGGAAGAGACACUCUCGACUUUGGUCCUCACACAACCAGACAAUUCUAGCAUAGACUGUGUUAAAAUUGCAGUUGAGUAAAUGCGGUACAAGAAAAUAAUAGAACCUUAGGGCAGCACAGUUUCGGAAUUAACUCAAUAGAGAUGCCGAAGUCAUAACUAAAACGGAUACACUAUGAACUUAAAAUGUUUCUGUCUCAUUUUACAUCUUGAUUCUGUCAUAUAUUAUGAUGUUAUGUCUUACAUUAUGAUUAAUUGCAAAAUAUCUCAGAAUUUUGGCAGGCUUAUUGAUUUUUUUCUGUUGGCUUGCAUAACUGCGACGUGAAACUAUAUUUGUACAGUUUUUACAUGUGAUAUAUAUGCAACGCAGGGCCUUUCUGAUCGACAAUGGCUAAACAAAGAAUUCAAGUAGACUACCCUAAUUUAUGACUGUGUUGUGGAAAGAUAUUAUCUGGAGUAUAUUUUCCGAGUUUCUUGAAGAUCAGCAGAUAAUUACUGACCUAAAAAACUUGUUUACCAGUAGCUCUUCACUAACAAAAAAAUCGAAAGGUCCGCAGUUUAUGUUUAAAUUAUAUGAUUUCACAUAAAACUUUUUUCAUUUAAUAAACGGAGAAAAUCCUCAUGUAUAUUG